GACAGCCAUCAUUCUUUAUCAGGAUAACGUUUUCAGUCCUACCAGGCAAACCUGUGGGACCAACUGCUGCUGCCAUGUUAUUCCGAUAUGCUUGAUAUUGUGUCUCAAGCUAAGCUUUGUACGUACUAGGAGAAGGCCACUAAGUGCUGGAACUCACUUCCAUAGCAAAAAGAUAGGUGUGAAAAUGCUGUGUUGUUUUGGUCAGAUAAGCCAUAGCCGUCUUAAAGUGGCAGCUGAACGUUUUGAGGAAGCUCAUACUUGUGUGUCAACUACUGGUAAGUCGUUGUGUCUAUCUUAACUAAUCUCAAAUGCACUUUCCUGUCAGCUCAUAUGAAAUUCUGUAGACUCCAGUAAGACUGCCUACUGUAGUUGGGCAAUUCCACGAUAAUGGAAUUGCGCAGAGACUAAGAUUUUUCACUUAAAAUGUAUGCCAAACCAAAACCAUUGAUUUCAAAGUUUAACAAACCAUACAAUUCUAUGCAUAAGGACAACUUUUAUCAAUUUACACUGAACAUUUUACAAAAACACAUUUACUGGAAGAGCUGUGCAGAUGCAAAGUUUGGUGACAGAAUUCCGAGAAAAUCUUCCUCUGUUUUUUAUGUGACCACGUUUUCCAAAAACUCUCUUAAAUAUUUCUCCAAAUUAAGAUUCAAAGAUGUAUGCAAAAAUAAUGGGGUGUCAGCUAUGACAUGACACCUUGAGUUUGAAAACAUCUCUUUUGGUUAUUGAACUACAUUAAGUGAAGUGAAUUUACACCCGGUAACGGAAUUUCAUCAUGGGUCCCUGAUCUGGACUACACAGAAAUUUAUAAUUAUGGGUAUGAAUAUCAUUCUCUUCAUGGGGAUGUAUCCUGAAUAGGUACACAAAGGUAGAAAUAUGCAAUAUCCUCCUUUGCAUAUUUGACUAUUAUUCUACCACUGGCUAUUAUUUUAAUGAGCUCCGCCACCAAACAAGACCAAAUUUGGUUGGUUUGGACCAGACUAAAUCUGAACCAAUCAUUAACAUCUAUGUUUCACCAGUAUGGACAUCAAAGUACAGCACAGUAGAGCUCAGUAGAAUAGAGUAGAGCAGGGGUCUUCAACCUUUUUUUUGCCCAGGGACCCCCUCGCAGGCAAACUGGCAACCCAGGGACCCCCAUCAUACGUUAAAAAAAUAAUUUUUCACCUGUCUUGUCUUAGCAGGUGAAUGAUAAUGGCAAGGAGAAGUAAACAACAUUUUAAAAUAAAUACAUUUGGUAGAUCGUUGAUCAUUAUUUUGACCUCCCCACAUUAUAAUUGGAAGAGGAAGUGUAAACUCUAACAGCCUAUUAGCUAGAAGGUAACUCCAAACACAUUUUCACAUUUUAAGAACAGCUGUUUAGGUUAGCCAUGUGUUUGCAGAAAGUCAUGUUUAUCAGCAGCCAGCAGCCAGCAGAACUUGCUGCACUGGUAGCCUAUUUGUGGGUGCUUUUUCAAAGCCUAUGUCAGAUACUCCAGUGAGUGUAAUUUGCUCAAUAUUAGGAGUUGAGAAAUAAAGUUCACAUAAUUAUAAAUAAGAUUCUCCUCUUCUACUGUAGGUAUGUAAUUAAACAUUCCCCGCCCCUGUUUCUCUAAAAAGUUGAGGGAUGGGACUGGAAAAAUGUAACCACUCUCAAAUUAAUAGACGGAGGUAUGGAUGCAAGGACUGACCAUCCAUGAUAUCAAAAUUAUAGUUUUAACCUUGUUUUGAGGCUAUACAGUGUUUGCUGCAUUUACUUUGUUUACAAACAGCUCGUACACCUGCACAUUGAUCUGGUACUCCCUGUAUAUACAGUGGGGAGAACAAGUAUUUGAUACACUGCCGAUUUUGCAGGUUUUCCUACUUACAAAGCAUGUAGAGGUCUGUAAGUAGGAAAAAUGUUACCAUUUUUAUUUAAGUCUGCAUCGUUGGGAAGGGCUCAUAAGCUAGCAAACACCUUUUGUAUUCACCUCGUGACAAAAAAUAUUUGAUUUGUAAAACAAGCUUAUAUUUUGGGUUCUGAUGGAGUACAACAGUUGAACUAAACUCAUGAGGCAUUUAUAUUAGAUUCUUUAAGAAUCAAUGGGUACAUAUAAUUUAUUUAGAAGUCCAAAAAUGUACAUAGCAACUGCAUAUUUAAGACCUUUAAGACUUUUUCUGGUAGAUUAAAUCAAAGCCUUUGCAUAUUCCUAAUUUUUUGCAUGGAAAAUGGUUGAAAAAUGUAUAUAUGCCUUAAUUUCUCAAAAAUAUAGACUCUUCGCUUUCAUUUGACACCCAAUUUAAAAUGCUCCAAUGAACUUCACAUGUUGGUGCUCAUAGGUCAUUUUACAUGGAAAUGACCAGUUAAAAAAACAGACUUCUUCAAGAGCAAAAAUAUUGUUGUUGUAAAUGACCUGAAACCCUCCACACAAUUAUAUUGUUUUUGAAAUGCCUUUUUCAUUGUGUGUUUGGUACCUGCUGACAUCUUGUGUGUUUUCAUAAAAAUACAAAUAAUUGUUUUCAGCUUAAGUACUAAAACAUUAUAAAAUGCAGUCCACCUGCUGUCCCUUCAAUAUUUGAAAUGUGUCUUAACCACAUUCCAUCCGCACCUCACCCUUUACAAUAAAUAAUGUUUUAGAAGAAGAGUGCAUGAAAGUGAAAGCUUAUGCCAGCAGGUGAAUAGUUGACAUAUAUAAAUAACACAGACAACACCUGUCACUCAAAUAUUUAACAAUGCUCAUUAGUCUCUCAAACAGAAUUUCUGUAAAACCAAAGCCUGUUACAAGUGCUUAUAGAACAGCCGCUCGUUACUACAUUCUAAAAAAUCUCAGGUGAAACCUCUUUCUUUCCCCCCCCCCCCCUCUUCCUCCCCCCAGGUUGCUCUCUAGUCUUCCAGGGCAGUAGAGGGUCAGAGGGAGUGUCAUGUUGAAGCUGCUCUUCCACAUAGUGCUGGUGUUGACCUGUCUUCACCCUUCACCUCACUGUACCUCCCUCCCUACAUAAGCGAACUCCAGCUGCUCUCGGAGAAAGGUAAAUAUACUGUACUGUAAAAGCUUAUGUGACCUUAAUGCACCCAAUUGUAUUUGAUCACCUGUUGUACUGUCUGACUCAUUCAUGUCUGAAAAUGAUACAAUGUUUACAAUAGCCUUAGCUGGGAUUGACAUUAAGGGUUGCUGUAUUGCCUGGGGUAAGUGAACUGAGCAGUCACGCAAGUUGAGCCUGCUCUGAGGAUGCCCGAUUGAGCAGGUGGUAAAAAGAAAAAGGUGAAAACCACCUGCAAAGAAUUCCAGUAGCUUAAUACUCAUCUUUCUGGUUCCUCCCCAUUAUUUAAGUGAAAGACAGACUAUUUAUGCCAGCGGAGCCUACUCUGAGAUUUUGUUUACUGAAAACAACCAAAAUAUAAAGAAUUUCAGUACUGAUCUUUCUGAUUCCUCCCCUAUGUUUAGGUGAAAGGCAGGCAAUAUAUGGCACUUCUGUGUGGAAAUAGCCAAUUUAAAUUUACGGGCAAGUGAUCAUAAUCUUCGGGGCAACCCAAAAAUACUCCUGACUUGCUCGAUUGGCAAGUGCCUUUCAGACUUUAAAUGUAAAUCCCUGCAUAGCGGCUUCUUUGUGCCGGUGUUGAAUUACAUCAAGGUGGUGUAAUGUUGUAGCCUGGAAAUCCAGACUGAAGCAUGCUACGCUUUACUAUUGUUUCACUAUUGAGUGGAAUUCAGUCUGGAUUUUCAGGCUAGUAAUGUUACACAAUCCUGACAACUGUUUCUGUUCUGUCCAGGUCUUUGGUCCUCGUGGAGAAUGUCCUAUGCAUUUCAGAACCUGUUCAGCUGGAGUCAACCUCGAUUGACACAGCCACAUCAUCUCCUUUUCCUAUCACUGAGCUUCUUGUGCUACUUAGUUCCUCCCACAGGUAAAAUGCACCAAUACAUUUCUCUGGAAUUAUUCACGGUGUCAUGCUUGUCCAGGAUGUAAGAAUGAAUGAGAUCAAUUCAUUGAUUUGAUUAUUUUGUUGUACUUAACAUACACUUUAUUGAAUCUAAAACAUUACAACAUGAAUACAGGGAUGUUGAUAUGUUGGUAUGACAGGGAUGUUGGUAGAGCACGGCGUUUGCAACGCCAGGGUUGUGGGUUCGAUUCCCACGGGGGGCCAGUAUGAAAAAAUAUAAUGUAUGCACUCACUAACUGUAAGUCGCUCUGGAUAAGAGCGUCUGCUAAAUGACUAAAAUGUAAUACCAUUGUCUAACAAUAGAUGCUUGCCUUUAUUACAUUGGGUGUGUCUUACACCUUGGCAUCUCUUUACUUUGUGUGUUUAUCUGGUUGAUAGUAAUUGUUUAUACUGCCUGUUGGUUCUGAGGCGUGUAUGCAUAUUUCGGUGGUGGCUCCACUCUGAAUGGCUGUUUUUACAGUGUGGGUGAGUGAUGCCACAAGGCAUGGUGAGUUACAAUGUAGGCCGGACAAUGGGGCCUCUGUGAGUCAGUGGCGCUCGGGUAGUGGGGGAAUGACUAAACAGAGGCGAAAGGGUCCAUUCUCUAAAAGAAAGCAAAGGGGCUCAAUCGCUGCAAGCAGUGUUUCAGGGAGUUUAAGUUACACCCACAUCCCAUAAUAUUCAGCUCUGGAGCUAUGGCAACAAUAGCCAUGGGAAUAGCUGUGCUGUCAGUGAGUGUCUGAGUUGGUGAUGGUUGGUGCCAUGUCUUGUCUAGAGACACACUCAUCCUGCCUUUUUGUUUAUGUUCUUGAGGCCCUGAUGAUAGGACUUUUGACCUUGGUGAUAAUGAAGCCUAAUCACGGUUUUGUUUUGUCAGGGAAAGCCCUCAUUUUCCCUUUACCGCUGUGACUUCAUUGAGCAGUUGAGCUUCAUGCAUGUCUGGAGUGUAACUGUAUGUUAAGAGAUUGCAUUUGCAAGGUGCAUAUGGCUAUAGAGAGAUGACAUUGUAGGCUAAAGCUUGUUACAAGUUGAAAAUGUCAAUGACAAAACAUCCAUGCCCUAAAUCAGUGGGGCGCAAAACCAGUGUCAGCUGUUUUUCUCAUCUGUCUAGCACAUUAAUGUCACUGAUUGCUCUGACUGCACACACCUGGCUUCCCAGAGCCAAAAAAGAAGGAACUAAAACCAACAUACUCAGGGCCCCAAGCAUGUAGGCUACUGUGGCUAUUUGAUCAUAUUGUAGGCCUACCAGAGUGGCCUGCCAUAAAAAAACAAUGGAGAAAAUGCAUCCCAUAAUAUUUUAACAUGGAAAUAGUUGUUCUAUCAUUCAGCCUACAGUAUUAGCCAAUGUGUGGUGUUCAAUGUAGCCCUACAUUGCAUUAGAUUUUUGAGAAAAAACCUUGCGGCUUUUGAGAUAAACAUUAAUCUGUUUAUCCACUUGUCCUUCAGACAAGGAGGUGACUGAAAAUGUUGUUGUUUGAUGCAAGAAACCACUUUACAAAAUAAAAUGCAUUAUUGUUCCCAUACCAUUAUUACAGAGAAUCAGACAAAUUAUGCUACCCUCUGCCUAUUGGCUACUUAGCUUAUUCAAGCCUGUCUCAAAAUACAACAAUGCCCCUUUUAAGAGAAAAAAAAGCUCUUUACCUGACUCGCUUUUCAAAGAUGCCUAGAAAUGUACACGUUCUGUGCUCUUGUAGGAAGCAAUCACUCCCCUAUUUCUGACUACAAAUGAUCUAUAACUGGGCUAAUAACUCAAUAACUAGCAAAGGAAAUGAACAAAAUGUGCACACCUGGCUACAUGGCAGCUCUCGCUUUGAUCUCAAAACAAGCACAUCUACUCAUGACCGCUCAUACUGUAAACACAGUCCAGUUCAAUGUAAAUGGCACAGAUCCAUAUAUGGCAAUGGUCUAUUUGCAAAUAGGCCUACUGCAGCUCUGAUUGUUUAUGCCGCACUGGUCUGUGUAGAGUACGGGCUGAGUAGAGGUUGUGAAUGCAAUAGAAUCCUACUCAGAUGCGUUCUGCCUACAACAAAAUCUCUUGCAUAGUUUGUUUUGUUUCGGUAUGUUGCAUUGAAAGUGGCUAAUAUUGCGUUGAAUCGAUCACAAUUGCCACAGUAAAGGGAAACGUUGGUAGUGUUAACAGGGAAAACUCUAGAACAGUGGUCACCAACCUUUUCUAAGUCAAGAUCACUUUCUGAGUCAAAAUGUAAACAGAGAUCUACCGCUCACAUGACUUGAAAAAACGUAAGCCUAUGCAACAUUAACCAAUUAAAAACAGGACUGUAGCAAUGAGGUUUGUGCAGUAAGCUAUAGGCCCAAUACAUUAUCACCGCAUAUUGGCUUUGCUUGAAUUGACCUGCCAAUGCAUUGUUGUUCGGGCCAUUUUGUUUUGUUAUAUUUCUAAAUUUGAGGUAGGCUAUAUGAUUACAUUUCAGUCAUUUAGCAGACGCUCUUAUCCAGAGCGACUUACAAUUAGUGAGUGCAUACAUUUUUCAUACUGGCCCCCCGUGGGAAUCGAACCCACAACCCUUGCGUUGCAAGCGCCAUGCUCUACCAACUGAGCUACAGGAGGGCCAAUAAUCACACCGGUAAUAGAUCUGUUGUUGUAUUACUUGUGAGGCACAGCUGAGUGUGCAUACAUUUAAAUAAUUUGCUUGUUGUAGCGCUGAGUGGAAAUAGGAAGAAUGCGCAUUUUAUGGCUUAUAAAAGUGUUGUAUGCUGAGUAGGAACUUAAACAUGAACUCACUCAUAAAAACAGUAGCUCUUUGCUGUAUUCGUUGACAGUUUCUCUCUAGUCUUGGUUUAAACGUUUUGAAAUCUCACAGUAUCAACUUUGCUUUAGCUUUCUUUUAUGCCCGCUACAUUUCUGCAGACACGGUAAUCUGAGCCAUCCGAUUGGCCAGUGGUAGGCCUAUAGAGCACUUGAUUUGCUCUCUGGGCCCGCUGGGAAGGCAGUGUUUGUACCUUCAGACACAUGAAAUGGUUCAAAAUGGCAACAGUUUGCCUACCCGGCACGCAGGGCAGCUGAAUCAGGUGCACCUACCGCCAACAGCCCGAGACGAAUAAAACAAAAUAGGAACACAAGGCUUUAUUGUUGGGUUGUGAUUGACUAGGAAUGCCUUGGAGAUCAACCAGUCACGAUCGACCGGUUGGUGACCACUGCUUUAGAAAAUUGAGUGAAGUUCAAUCUCCUGCUUCUCUCUGUGGGCUGAUAUUUCUACGCGGCAGUCCCGUGAGAGCUGCGCGGCAGUCUCAGGGCUACUGUGCGCAAGCACCCAGCUUAGCGGGAACAUUGGCCCCAAGUACCCACCGAAAAUACCCAUCCUUGGCCCAGAUGGCAUAGUCACUGAUCACAUCCUCUUUAUACACACUCUAUAACAACUCUCGUUCACCCUCUUUCCCUAUUCAGGUGUAUCUGCCGAGAUCUGCCGGGUGACAGGGGGAGUGUUGGGGAUCCACUGGAGCAGCGUGGUUGGUUUAGGCUGGCGCCCCCUGGCCGUGGGGAGGAACAGCGCCAGCUGCUGGGAAUCAUGCUGCCUGGAGCCCGCCUGCAGCGCCGUGUGGAGCCUGGGGGGGCGCUGUGUGCUACUGAGCUGCUCCAAAAGAGGGGUCUGUCAAGUCACUUCUCUCCCCCAGCCCCACAUUGAGUCCCUGGGGCUCCUGCAGCAGCUUUCAAAGGGCACCACCACAGCUCGGAGGAGAAGGCGGAGGUGGGCAACAACAGGAAAGGGAAGCCAGAAACAUGGGUUGGACAACCAACUUUCUAGCAUUGUGAGUCAACGGAAAGUUACAGUACUGUAGUUGAGUCAUAGAUUCCUGUUUACCCUCCCUUCUUCCUUCUGGGACAGAGUAGAUGAAAGCAAAGACUAAAUACCCUCAUAUAAAGUUAUACAUGCAUGACAACCUUAUUUCCCUAACUUAUGUGUUAAUGUAAGCUAUGCAAUCUCUUACAGUGAAUUCGGAAAGUAUUCAGACCCCUUGACUUUUUCCAUAUUUUGUUAUGUUACGGCCUUAUUCUAAAAUUGAUUAAAUCGUUUUUUACCCCUCAUCAAUCUACACACAAUACGCAAUAAUGGCAAAGCAAAAACAGGUUUUUAGAAAUGUUUCCACAUUUAUAAAAAAUAAAAAAAAAAAAAUAUCACAUUUACUUAAGUAUUCAGACCCUUUACUCAGUACUUACUUUGUUGAAGCACCUUUGGCAGCGAUUACAACCUUGAGUCUUCUUGGGUAUGACGUUACAAGCUUUGCACACCUGUAUUUGGGUAGUUUCUCCCAUUCUUCUCUGCAGAUCCUCUCAAGCCCUGUCAGGUUGGAUGGGGAGAGGCGCUGCACAGCUAUUUUCAGGUCUCUCCAGAGAUGUUUGAUCGGGUUCAAGUCCGGGCUCUGGCUGGGCCACUCAAGGACAUUCAGAGACUUGUCCUGAAGCCACUCCUGCGUUGUCUUGGCUGUGUGCUUAGGGUCGUUGUCCUGUUGGAAGGUGAACCUUUGCCCCAGUCUGAGGUCCUGAGUGCUCUGGAGCAGGUUUUCAUCAAGGAUCUCUGUGCUUUGCUCCGUCAUCUUUCCCUCGAUUCUGACUAGUCUCCCAGUCCCUGCCGCUGAAAAACAUCCCCACAGCAUGAUGCUGUCACCACCAUGCUUCACCGUAGGGAUGGUGCCUGGUUUCCUCCAGACAUGACGCUUGACAUCCAAAGCGUUCAAUCUUGGAUUUAUCAGACCAGAGAAUCUUGUUUCUCAUGGUCUGAGUGUCCUUUAGGUGCCUUUUGGCAAUAGCCAAGCUGACUGUCGUGCCUUUUACUGAGGAGUGGCUUCUGUCUGGCCACUCUACCAUAAAGGCCUGAUUGGUGUACUGCUGCAGAGAUGGUUGUCCUUCUAGAAGGUUCUCCCAUCUCCACAGAGGAACUCUGGAUCUCUGUCAGUGACUAUCGGGUUCUUGGUCACCUCCCUGACCAAGGCCCUUCUCCCCCGAUUGCUCAGUUUGGCAGGGCGGCCAGCUCUAGGAAGAGUCCUGGUGGCUCAAACUUCUUCCAUUCAAGAAUGAUGGAGGCCACUGUGUUCUUGGGGAUCUUCAAUGCUGCAGAAUUGUUUUGCUACCCUUCCCCAGAUCUGUGUCUCGACACAAUCCUGUGUCUGAGUUCUACGGUCAAUUCCUUCGACCUCAUGGCUUGGUUUUUGCUCUGACAUGCACUGUCAACUGUGGCACCUUAUAUAGACAGGUGUGUGCCUUUCCAAAUCAUGUCCAAUCAAUUGAAUUUACCACAGGUGGACUCCAAUCAAGUUGUAGAAACAUCUCAAGGAUGGUCAAUGGAAACAGGAUGGACCUGAGCUCAAUUUUGAGUCUUAUAGCAAAGGGUCUGAAUACUUAUGUAAAGAAGGUAUUUCUGUUUUUGUUUGUUUAUAAAUGUGCAAACAUUUCUAAAAACCUGUUUUUUUUUCUUCACUUUGUCAUUAUGGGGUAUUGUGUGUAGAUUGAUGAGGGGAAAUAAUAUAAUUUAAUCAAUUUUAGAAUAAGGCUGUAACGUAACAAAGUGGAAAAAGUCAAGGGAUCAGAAUAUUUUCCGAAAGCACUGUAACUGCAAUGGUUACUUCAUGAAGGCUAUUGAAGACUGUACAAUGUAGCCAAUGUCUUUAGUCAUCUUUCCAUGCUUAUCUGAAGUUCAUGAAGUUCAUCCAUAUCUUGGCAGCGGGUUUCCAAGGAUGUAGAGCAUCCAGCUCCAACAGUCGGCAUCACCAGCGGAGUAGCUCUCCCUCAAACAUCUGAUAAGAAUCACAGCCAGUUAACCAAUGGAAGUGGAGAAGCUCCAUCACCAUCACAGCAGAACUCUACAUCAGAGGACAGCAAAGACACAGCAUCUUCCAACAGCAGCUUUGUGCUUCCCACUACUGCUCCUACAAUCACUACAUCACCAACCCAGGCUGGUAAGGCAGUGGAUGCUAAACUCUGACUUAAUAUCCCUCAAAACCUAUCCUCAACAACUGUUUGGUUAAUAAGAUACUAAUAACAAAAUGGAUGUGUUGAGGUAUGUCAUCAUGGAAGGAAAAAUAUGUAGCUCUAAACAUCUACUCCCAUUUCAUAAACUGGCACCCACUGCAGAUGUAUGUCUACUGUUUGCACUUUGAAUGAACUUCUGUUUCAGUGUUCCGCCCUCCAUUUCAAUCCAUGUAAAUCCUGUGGUUUCCAUAACAGUGCGGGAAUUGGUGGUGUCGGCAGGCGAGAGCGUGGAGGUCACGCUGCCGCGCAACGAGGUGGAACUCAAUGCCUUUGUGGUGCCAGCGCCCCAGCCAGGUACUACUACUAAGCCUACCUGUAUUAUUACUUUGUUAUACUGUAUCAUACACCACAGGAUUUACACACCCCCUGUAGUCCACAUCUCACCCUAAUUCUGUAGAAGCAUAUCUGUUUCAUUUGGCAUGACAACGACAAAGGACUGAGCUAACGUAGAAAACAGACUGGUGCUAAGGCUAGCUCUGUAUCCAUGCAUGUCAUUAGUCAUAGCUUAAAUCCUCGGCUUUGAUUCAUCUUUCUCACUUCUCGAAAGGGACCAACUAUGUAUUUGACUGGCUCUUGAGAACUCAUCCUAAAGACUACAGUGGAGAGAUGGAGGGGAAGCACAGCAAGACACUCAAACUCAGCAAGGUACAGCUACUUGAAUUAGUUCAACCAUUACCUCUCAUCACUUUCUCUCUCUCUGUUCAAACUCAUGCCUCUUAUCUGAUUGAAUUUAUGACUAGAACCAUUUAUACAGUACUGUAACACUAUGAGAAACAAUUCUUAUAGUAUUCACUCCAAUUCAACCUCUCUCUGGCUCUUGUUCAUGUGUCCAGCUGACAGUGGGGCUCUAUGAGUUUGAGGUGACUGUGGACUGUGACGGAGUACACGGAGAGGGCUAUGUCAACGUAACAGUCAAACCAGGUGGGGGUUAAACUAACAUGACUCGUAUUGAUUGUGUUUGAUAUGCUCUUUUGUAGGAACAUGUGUAAACUGUAACAUAUAUUAAAGGGCUCCUCCCCUGACUCUCCCAUUUAAUGGGCUUAUACUGAAAUGUCGACGAUGACUCGUACCUGGGUCGUGUUCGUUAGAACCAAAUGGAAGAUAACAGACUGAAACAGGGAUGGAUUACCUGGAGUUGUCCAAUAAGAAAUGCUAAUUUUCGUUUUCCAUUGCAAAAUGUUUUGCUGCUCGUGCCUUAAUGAACACGACCCAGCUGUACCGUACAGCCAAUUAGCUAACCUCUUCCACUUCACAGAGCCGCGGGUAAACAAGCCACCCGUCGCUGUGGUUUCCCCAAAGUUCCAGGAGAUAUCCUUGCCAACCAGCUCCACGGUGAUCGACGGCAGCCGUGAGUUCAACUGGCUCGUUGGUCACAAUCAAAUCAGAUAAACUAGAAUUGCACCAUCUGUGGAUGUCAAAAGGGAUUUUAUGUUGCAUCUUGUCUAGUUGUUUGCUGACAAAAAAAAUACCAAUUUGGUCAAGGGUGUCUUUAUUUAGAUUAUAGCUAGACCAUUUUAGGUUGAGAACCGGUAUUUACCCUAUAAUGCUAGAUGUUUAUCUUUGGUUUGGCGCAAAGGCCCUCCAAACAAGACCCUGGGCAGUUCUUACAUAAUCAGCUUACAUAAAACGAUGGGAAGACAAACUUUUGUAAACAGGGUUGAGACUGGAGCAAAAGUAUAGGCAGGGUGGCCUAUACAUUUAUGGACUGUUUGUUUUUAACCAGUUAUUUUUCCUCCCUUUUCUUCCUUUCCUGUCUUCCUCCUCUCCCUGUGUGCGGCCCCUCAGAGAGCACAGACGAUGACAAGGUGGUGGCGUGGCACUGGGAGGAGGUGAAGGGCCCGCUGAGGGAGGAGAAGGUCUCGGCAGACACCCAAAUCCUCACCCUUACCGGCCUGGUCCCAGGGAACUACACCUUCAGGUACUGUUACCGUGUCUUCUCAAUGGGUAUGUGGCACUUUGUAGUUUCUCUACCUAGUGCCUACACUUUCAUUACCUUUGUAUACCUCCAGGCACUGUUACCUUGUCUUCUCCAUGGGCAUGCACUGUCUUAUAUUUUCUCUACAUAUUUAAGCAAUAAGGCACAAGGGGGUGUGUGGUAUAUGGCCAAUAUACCACGGCUAAGGGCUGUUCUUAGGCUGGGUGGUUCGAGCGCUGAAUGCUGAUUGGCUGACAGCCGUGGUAUAUCAGACCGUAUACCACGGAUAUGACAAAACAUUUAUUUUUACUGCUCUAAUUACAUUGGUAACCAGUUUAUAAUAGCAAUAAGGCCCCUCUGGGUUUGUGGUAUAUGGCCAAUAUACCACAGCUAAGGGCUGUAUCUGUGUUGCGUCGUGUGUAAGAACAGCCCUUAGCCGUGGUAUAUUGGCCAUAUACCACACCCCAUCGGGCCUUAUUGCUUAAAGAUACCUUUUUUUUUUCUGUGGGCAUGUUCUGUUGUCUUCUCCUUUGUAUUCCUCUUCGAUCUCUUUCUUCAGCUGUUUUCCUCAUACCAUUUCACAAGCAUUUGCCCACGCCCCUCUCCCCAUUUCAGCCAUAGGUGAAGGCUCGGUCUUAGACAGAAGCAAAACUUUUCUCCCUAUUUUCUCCCCUUCAGUCUGACGGUUACGGACUCGGACGGGGCCCAGAGCUCCACCCAGGCCACGCUGUCGGUCAACAAGGCCAUGGACUACCGGCCGGUGGCCAACGCCGGGCCCAACCAGGUCAUCACGCUACCGCGCAAUGCUGUCACGCUGCACGGCAACCAGAGCGCGGACGACCACGAGCCGCUGGCCUACGAGUGGUCGCUCAGCCCUGAGAGCAAGGGCAAGGUAGUGGAGAUGCAGGUGAGAGAGGAGCACCAGGGGAGGCUUCAGUUUGUCAGGGACCAUGCACAGGUCUUAACUAGAAAUCAAGGGGAUUCGAGCUGUUAGUUUAUAGCCUUUUUGUUGUUUUAAAAGUGGAAAUUCUUCAUUUCGACACCAAAAAAAGGGAAAUUCUUCUCUCCCAUCGUGACAGUUCUUCUCUUCGUCCUAUAGGGCGUGCGGACUCCCACUCUGCAGCUGUCUGCCAUGCAGGAAGGAGACUACACCUUCCAGCUCACUGUCACAGACACAGCCGGACAGCAGGACACGGCACAGGUCACCGUUAUCGUCCAGCCAGGUAAACCAGCAGCACAUAGAUCAUGUGUAUCUAUGGCUAAUGUCAACAUCACUGCAGUGGUAAUUGCUUGAAUAUCAUGCCUGUUUUACAUGAAAUAAGACACACAUUUUGUCUCAUUCUAUUAUAUAACAUAUCUGAAUGGAUGUUGGUUUAACCUUGAUGAAACAUACAUUGAGAACAGAGACAAACAACUGGCACGAUUCUGUACAUGAAAAUAGUUAUGUACGGAUAUUGUCCUCCCAUAAUGUCACAAAAGUCUAUGUUCUCCUGAGCCUGCUUGUGUUCCAUCGUCCUCAGAGAACAAUAAGCCCCCAGUAGCAGACGCCGGCCCAGAGAAGGAGCUGACCCUGCCUGUGGACCGCACAACUCUAGACGGCAGCAAGAGCACGGACGACCAGAAUAUCUCCACCUACCACUGGAAACAGAGCAAGUCAGUAUUCACACACUCACACACGUAUGCACAGACAGGCGGACACAACAUGCACAUAGACGCACACACACACACACACACACACACACAACUGCAUGCAUGCUCACUUUUGAGCUCACACACUCACUUUCUCUCACACACACACAUACACACUCCCAAAUACACACACACCACACUUUGGCAAAUUGCACGCUCCCUGUUCUCUGUGAUUGAGAGUGACACUUAGUUCAACUACCAGAGGCAAUAUGGGAGUGGAGAUGACACUUUUUUGAGCUCUCUUCACUUCCAUCUCUCAUGUUAUAUGGCACAGUUCUGUGCUGAUAGUGGAACUGCUGUUUCUCCACGUCUGACUCUGUGAUGGUUGUCUCUCUCCUCUCAGGGGUCCGGAUGGAGUGAAGAUCGAGAAUGCUGAUGGCGCAGUUGCCACGGUAACAGGGCUACAGGUGGGCGAGUACGAGUUCAGCCUGACCGUGACGGACGAGAGGAAUCUGGCGAGCACCGACACGGUCACGGUCAUCGUCCGAGAGGGUAACUGUCCUCUGUGUGUGUUUGCCUACAAGGCAAUGUAUCAGAGACGUAACUCUUUGAAGCUUUCAAAAACAGGCUAGACAAGGUAAUGGUCUCACUUAACUGUCAACUGAAGUCUAGCUGAGCUGAAUGUCAAUACUCUUUGAAGUAUAACUAAAGUAUAACUCUCACACCUAUAGUUUUACGAGGUGCAUGGAAACCGCACACAGAGUAUUUCAGAAUACUCUUUGGCACUGCAAUGUCCUUAAAUGUGUAUUUUCUCUCUACCAGAGUUGGACCAGCCCCCAGUAGCCCAUGUCCAGUCCAGCCCGGCCAUCUCUUUGCCCCUACGGACUGCAGCCCUGGACGGCUCCCACUCCACAGACGACAAGGGCGGAGUCAGCUACUUGUGGACCCGUGACGACAGUAGCCCUGCAGCAGGGGUGAGAGACAGAGUCCACUCCGUGGUACUAUAACGAAUAACAUAAAUAUUUACAGAAAAUAUUAUGAAAUAUUAGGUGAGCUGUACAAUGAACCCAUAGUAAGUAAACAGACAAAUACAAUCUAGCAUACAUUUCCCUCUUCAUGUUGUAUUAAGUAAAAGCAUUCUUACCAUACUUAUCUUGCAUUUCUCAUGAUAAACAUUCUGCUUAAUAAUAUUUGCAUACAAUGACCUACUACUGGAAAUAUUUGGAAUAAGAAUGUGUUCUGCUCAGACAACAGUUUUUCUGCUUUUCUUUUUUCAGUAGUGUAGGCCAUUGCAGGCAGCUAGAAAAUACAACGUUCUGCAAUUAUCACAUAAUUCAAUGUCUUAUUCAGACUUUGAAUUGAGAAAUGUGUCAUCAGCAUGAGACAAAAUAUCAUUGUAAUUGAUCAAAUACAAAUAAAUGCAUCUUGUUUGAAGAAUUAAUUGUAGUCUGUCCCCCAGGAUGUACUGAACAAUUCUGACCACCAGGCAGUGCUGUUCCUCACAAACCUGGUGGAGGGAAAGUACAGCUUCACCUUGACUGUGACAGACAGCAAGGGCCAGAGCAGCUCAGACAGAGGGACUGUAGAGGUCAAACCAGGUCAGUGGGCUCCUCAUGGUCUACAUACACACAAACACACAUGCCCAGUGCAAAAUCAACCCCUAGACACUUGGUCUGAAAGAAUCAAAAGGAUGUGGUUAUACCUACAACUAGCUUUUUGGUAUACUAGGGUUAUUUUUCCACCAUAUUCCUUACACCCAAUCCACUCAGAUCUAUGGGAAGUAGGAGCAAUAAUCUAUUUAAGACUGGAUCUCACAUACACACACACAGCAGAAAUAGCUUCUGCACACACUAUCAUUAUCCCAGAGUCUUCUUCUCUUACUCACUCUGUCCUCCUCCCUCUCUCUCCUGUCAGACGUGUGGCAGCGUGACCUGGUGGAGCUGGUGCUGGAGGUGUCUGUGUCCCAGGUGUCCCACCGCCAGAGGGACAUGCUGCUCAGGCAGGUGGGUGUGCUGCUGGGCGUGCUCGACAGUGACAUCAUCGUACGGGGGGUCAGCGCCUUCAACGAGCACAGGUCAGCUCCUUUCCACUAUAUUCGGUCGCUUCAAUUCAACUCACUCAACUUUAUUGGCACAGUACGUUACUAUAUUGCAAUGUAAGUGCAAGAACACAGGAAUACACUCUUUCUCUGACAUACACUCUUCUACACAUUUUAGCAUGUGUUGUUUUGGCCCAUCUGACUCUGAUUAAAUUCGUUGAUAACACUAUUUGGGGUUGUAUGAACAAUGUGUAACUUUGUUACCACACUUACAGGGUAUGCACAUGAGAGAUUAUUUGUUACAAAAACUAAGAGGCAAUAGUUAUAAUUACGAAGAAUUAGUCAUUAUUAAGCUGGUUGAGUUAAUCUAUUGAUUUCUCCUCACAAUGAGCAAACCCAUUUAAUUUGUCCUCAGCUUGAGCGAACUGUUAAUUUCUUCCCAUCUCCAUUCCUCUGUUUUCAGUACUCGUCUGGUGUUCUUGGUGUCUGGGGGUCCGGGUCGCCCCCCUCUGUCCGGUCACAGUGUGGCUCUGGGGCUACGCAACAAACUACACAAACAGAAGAACGACUUCCUCAUCUUCAAGGCACGGCGGGUGGACACAGUCAGUGAGUAUCAAGACACGAGAGAAGAGAAAAGGAAUACAUAGAUGGAGUAAUGUAUUAGGACUAAUUAAUUGAAACUUAGUUGACUUUCCCAUACCUUUUUUCUAACUUGCAACAUGAAAUUAAUCUUUUUUUUAUGGUUCUCCGGGCUAGAUAGAUUAGUCUUACAAGACAGUUAGGAUAGGUUUGUUGUCUUUGACCAAGAAGACACUAAGCCUGUGGCCUGACCGAAUUCAAAGUUCACAUCUCUAACGUCUCUCUCCCCCUGCAGUCUGUCAGCUGAACUGCUCCAGUCACGGGGAUUGUGACUCAUUCACGCGGACCUGUGUCUGCCACCCCUUCUGGAUGGAGAAUUUCAUCAAAGCACAGUUGUGGGACCAAGAGAGCAACUGUGGUAAGGAGCGGAGUAGACACUCAUGGAAUUGAAGAUUAUGAGAUUAUAUAUUAGGAUACUGUGAAGAGUCAAGAGACUGCCUGACUUUACUUCAGAGUAUGUCACACAGUAGAGAGCGUUGUAGUGGAAAUAGCAAGUGAGGAAAGUGCUGAAUUCAAGCUUUCUCAUUAUGACAACCUGCGACUUAUAUUGAUUCUCUCUCUCUUUCAGAAUGGAGUGUGCUGUACGUGACCGUAGCAUCCUUCAUGAUUGUGGUUGCCAUCGCGACAGUUGUCUGGGUUAUGAUGUGUUGUUACCGCAGGUAAGAGUGCCACUAACAUUGAGAUUUACAUUUUGUAUAUUAAUAUUAUUGUUGCUUCUUUUACAUUGCAUGGUAUACUACUCUGUUUAAAUACAUACUUAUUGUCCAUACAGUAAUGUGUAAUAAGCACACUGACAGGAAUGUGUGUUUUGAACAGGCGUAGGGGUAAAGUGCGCCACAAGAGUAAAAGCCGCUACAAGAUGCUUAAUGGCGAAGAGCAGGACAGCCUGGAGCUACAGCCACCCCGAGCUGGUAACACACACACACACACACACACACACACACUACCUACUCUCUGUCCCUUAUUUUCUUAGAAUAUGUCUAACACCGCCGAUCCCUUCCCUUUCUCCCCCACCAGGCCGAAUGAAGCCAGCCCCCGCUCCCUCCUCCUCGGCCCUCAUGCGCUCUGACUCUGACCUGGACAGUGACGACGGGCAGGGAGGGGUCCCGUGGACGGACCGGGAACGAGGACACCUCCUCCGACCCCAGAAUGGAACCCUGAGAAACAGCCAGGGUCCCACCAGGAGCAAAAAGCAAAGAGAGGAGCUGCUA